GAUGUUCGUGAAGCAAACCAAGAUCCUGGUGUUCUGCCUCUUUCUGGGCCUCUCGCUGGCGCUCAAAUUGCACAUUCCCCUUAAACCGGACGCCCACAUCCAGGAGCUGCAGAUGGAGAGCCGGGAACUGGCUGCCGCCCACGCGGACUACUCCGCCAGUUGCUUCUUGUUCUACAAACCCAUUUUGGGCAACGUGGCCGAGGAGUUCGAGACCAACUAUGGGGCUUGCCUUUCGUCCUUUGACAAAUCCACGGCCUUGGUCAAUGCCAAGUACUCGCAGGAUCACGAGAACAUCUUGAGGUCCGCCAGUAUCGGUUGCUCCUAUCCCAGUACCAAUUGCCAGGUGUGGACAGUUGAGCAACAGGACCUAGACACCGUGGUCUCCCGCCUCGAGUGUGCCUCCAUCAAUUCCGGAGAUAGCUCCAAGACCUUCUACAGCAUUUCGGCAAAUGCCACGGAGAUUGCACUCAAGAUCAAGGAGGAGUAUCGUGUUCUAGACAGCCAAAAGUUGCUCUGCACGAAUGAAGCCCAGCGAGCUUAUGUGGAGGACACUGCCGACACCUACGAAAGGCUGAACCACUGCCUGCAGUAUGGAACCUUCGAAACAACUUUGAAGAACGUUGAAAUUACCACAACAACAUGUCAGACACCAACAACACCACCAGCAUAGAAGAGUAGAAAAAUGUACACAUUAUAAAGAGUUCAAUAAAGAAAAAUCAGGCA